AUGUUCCUGAGCGGCAUUCUUAAGUACGGUGAGAGGACAUGGGCGCUCAAGUGCGCGAGCAUGGACAACCUGCGGAGCGGCAUGGUCACGACGCCGGACCCGGGCCCCAACUACGCCAAGUUCAUGGAGGAGUAUCGCUUCACACGUGAGGCGGGGCUCCAGGCGGAGAUCAUCAUCGAGCCAGAGCGACGUGCUGGGGUCACCGCCCCGGCAAUCACAGAGGAGACCGUGCCUUAUGCCACGGUCAUCACCGAGGCGCGGUGCUUCUUCGUGACCUUCAAGCGCCUGUUUGUGAACCUCAUCCUCAGUUUCCAAGACCGUACCAUGAGCCAGGCCACGUUUCUGCGGCUGAUGCCGGAGCAGGCAUACAAGAUCAUCGAGAUCGAGCUGUCCCUCAUGUAUGACACCCGGCAUUCCAAGGCGGCAGUGAUACACACCUGGUAUGGCCGCCUGUUCCGCUGUGUCACACUUGUCUCCACGAUGACAGCGUGCGUCCUCUUCAAUGUGCUACACAAAGGUCGACGCGGGUCGUAUGACGGCAUCGAUGUCCUCAUCACCAAUCUGUUAUUCGGAGGAGCACUUUGCUUAGAGCUUUCUGCCAUUGGUAUGAUGCUUGUGUCAUACUGGACCUACGCAGCCCUGCAAGGUUCCAUCUGCCAUUGGCUGAGCCAUCUGAUCCUCCGGUGCAUAAAGUAUUUCCGGCCAGAAAGCCGGGCGAAGUGGUCCAAUUUGAUGGCGCAGCACAACCUCAUCAGCUUUUGCCUCCAGGACAAACCAACGUUGGUCACCAAGAUCCUGGGGCUGCUCGGGCUCAAAGGGCACUGGGACAGUUGGCUGUACAUCUGGCACAUAGACGUGUCGUCCGAGCUGAAGAUCUCGGUGUUCAGGGAGCUGAAAGAUAAGGCGCUCAGCAUCGUUGACACCGAGAGUUACCGCAAGUUCAGCAACCACAGGGGCCAGUGGGCGCUCCAGUGCAAGGGCUACUACAAGGAGCUCGGCUGGAGCGUCGAGGCGGAGUUCGACGAGAGCAUUCUCCUAUGGCACAUCGCCACGGACCUCUGCUUCUACUCGGACGACAGCAACGACGAUGCGAAGCUCACCGAGUAUGUCAGCAUCAGCAGGGCGGUGUCAAACUACAUGCUUUUCCUGCUCGUGGCGCGGCCGUUCAUGCUGACUGCGGGCAUCGGGCAGAUCCGGUUCGGCGACACAUGUGCGGAGGCCAAGAACUUCCUCGGGCGGGAGGCGGCACGGCCGGAUGAGCGUGCCGCGGCAAGGAUGGUGCUGGAGGUGAACGCGGAGAUUGCGCCGAGGGACGUCAAGGGGGACAGGAGCAAGUCCGUGCUGUUCGACGCGUGCCGGCUGGCCAAGUCGCUGCUGGAGCUGCCGCCCGGCAAGAGGUGGCGGCUCAUUCGCGUGGUGUGGGUGGAGAUGCUCUGCUACGCCGCGAGCAAGUGCCGGAGUAAUUUCCACGCCAAGCAGCUGAGCAAUGGCGGCGAGCUGCUCACCGUCGUCUGGUUCUUGAUGACGCACCUGGGGAUGGGCGAGCAAUACAGGAUAGAGGCUGGGCAUGCAAGAGCUAAACUAAUUGUAGAGAAGAACUGA